CAAUGUUCACAGUAUCCCACUUUUGAGCACUCACCCGCCUGCUCUCUCUGAUCUUCUCCUUCAACUAUAAAUUCACUUGUGCCCCUUCACAUGUGGCAUCCGGCUUCUUUGCCCGUGUCUGGUUUUGAGAAUAUGGGUGUUCUGAGUCUUAGGACAAAACUGUGGCUGCUGGCACUCUCUCUAGUGACAGCCACAGCCGUGGCCGAAGGGACAGGUGAAUGCGGCAGCAAAGGUCCAAUGGCUGCAGCUAUGAAGCUGCUGCCAUGCCUCAAGGCGAGCGAGGAUAUCCAUGCUCAUGUUUCCGUUGCAUGCUGUGAAGCUGUUCAGGAGGUCAUCAGAGAUCCUCAGUGUUUCUGUGCGAUGGUUAGUCUGGGUUCAAGUCAGCAGGGUCUCAGUCCCACAGUUGCCAUGUCAGUCCCUAAACGCUGUGGAAUCCCACACAGCCCUACAUGUCCAGGCGCAAGACUGCCAUGAAGAACGGCUGCAGAAGUGCAAGAAAUCCCGUGGUGUGGCCCAUAUUUCUAGUGUUUGUCAAGUUCGUCAUGUCUAGUACUUGCGUGUUCUCGUGAGGGGCAAUGACAUCCUCCAGUUUGGCUUUCUGUCAUUCUGUUCUUUUUGCUUUCUUGGACUAUGUACUAGAAAGAGAAAAGAGAGAAUCUGUUUAGUGAAAAAUGUGAGUGCCAUUUCUUCCAAGUCAGUAAAGACGUGUAUCUCGUGAGUAUAAAGUAUGUUGUGUAAACUAUAGCUUGUGGAUGUGAAAAAUCAUAAAUAAAAAAUAAGCUUGGUCA